UGCGAUGCUCGUCUUGAUACUGCUGUUUGUGGUGCCUUCCUCCAAACCAAACAUCUCCUGCGCCGCUACCGCAGACGAUGUGAGUCAGCGUGGGCCGAGGAGCACUGUGAUGGGGUGGGACACCAUCAACAGUAAGAUGCCGUGGAACAUAGUGUUGCUCAUGGGAGGCGGCUUCGCCCUGGCAGACGGCGUUCAGAAAUCUGGUCUGUCGCGUCUGAUCGGCGAGCAGCUGCGAGUGUUGGAUGCUCUACCUGCGUGGCUGCUCGUACUCGUUCUCUGCCUGCUCGUCGCUUCUCUCACGGAGACGGCUAGCAACGCAGCCACGGCCUCCAUCAUGAUACCCAUACUCGCCGACCUGGCAGAGGCGCUGUGCAUACAUCCCUACUACCUGCUUUACAGCGCCACGAUCGCCUGCUCCUUCGCGUUCAUGUUGCCCGUGGCAACCCCUCCGAACGCCAUCGUCUUCGGUUACGGAGUGCUCAAGAUAUGGGACAUGGUGAAGGCCGGCGUCGUGAUGAACGUGGCCUGCAUCCUCAUCCUCUGCCUCUCCAUCAACACGUACGGCUACUUUGGCUUCGGAUUCAACACGUUUCCAGCGUGGGCGGUGAUCAACCCAUCGAAUCAUACGUGUUUCAACCAAUGAGCGCAAAAUCUCCCGCAUGUAUAUACAUACGCGUUUUAUACUUAUUACCUCCGCCCAACGGAGUUGGAGGAGAGGUUAUGUGAUCGCUCU